AAAGAAAAAAUAUGGACGCAACCAUUUUUAAACUAAUAAUAGUAAUAAAAAUACGUUCAUGUUUAACAAUUGCCGAAUUAACAAGCAGGCCCAAAUAGUUAAGGAUAAUGUCGCAGACGGCGUUAAUUUUUUCCAUAUUUCCAUAUCUAGUUUGUACUUACAAAACAAUUCUCAGCGUUUCCUGGAAAUGUUCCCUGGAUUUGUAAAGUUUCUCAUGUUUACCGUCAAUAUGUUGUCACAUGAAACAGUGCGUUCAAACAGCCGCUGGAAGACAGUGAAGAUGGCGGUAAACUGGCCGGGACUCGCGUCCAUAGGAGUGUUCUACUUGAUCGUGCUGGGUACGGGGAUCUGGGCGUCCAGGAAGUCCAAACGCGAAGAGAGGAAGUGCACCGGGAACCGCAGUGAGGUCGCAAUGGUUGGAGGGCGGAACCUGAACAUCUGGGUCAGCAUCUUUACGAUGGCAGCCACCUGGGUGGGAGGAGGAUAUAUUUUGGGUUGUGCUGAAGUGCUCUACGAUCCAACGAAGGGGUUGGUGUGGGCCUUUGCACCCAUUGCCUGCGGCAUGAACUUGGUAAUAGGUGCACUCUUCCUUGUCAAACCUAUCCGGUCGAAGAACUACGUCACCCUCAUGGACCCGUUUCAGGAGAAAUAUGGCAACACUGUAGUUGCUAUUAUUUUCAUUCCAGCUCUCAUCGCCGAUAUCUUGUGGGUAGCAUGUAUCCUUGGUGCACUGGGAGGGACGGUAAGUGUGGUCAUGGAUAUCUCCUCCAAGCUGGCUGUGAGCAUCUCUGCUGCUGUGGCAAUCAUUUACACAUUACUGGGAGGACUGUACUCUGUGGCUUAUACUGACGUCAUCCAGCUUCUCUUGAUGCUCCUCGGCUUGUGGUUUUGCGUGCCUUUUAUCCUGACAAGCCCCUCCUCUGCUAACAUCACUGUCGCCGCAGUCACCGAGCUGCACCAGGCGCCCUGGAUCGGUAAGCUGGAGCUGGAGGAUACAGGCCGCUGGAUAGAUGACAUACUGCUACUGGCCCUUGGAGGGAUCUGCUACCAGGCUUUCUACCAGAGAAUCCUGUCCACACCCACCGAUACCCAAGCUAAGAUCACCUGCUAUGCUGGAGCAGUAUUAUGCCCGAUCCUUGGGAUGCCAUCACUCAUCAUUGGGGCAGCAGCGGCUUCUACCAACUGGAACCAGACCACUUACGGUUCACCCAGCCCGUACGAACAGGGCAGAUCUGGUAUGAUCCUGCCGAUUGCCCUGCAGCACCUUUGCCCGUUCUACGUCUCGCUGGUUGGCAUGGGAGCGCUUGCUGCUGCUGUGAUGUCAUCAGUUGACUCUGCACUUCUGUCCGCCGCCUCUCAGCUGGGCCGAAACAUCUUCAAGAACAUCAUCUACAAAAAGGCCUCCGAAAAAAUGAUUAUCAUGGUGGUCAAAGUGUCGAUCUUCCUGUGCGGAGGGAUGGGAGCAGGCCUGGCCAUGAUGACGAGCUCCGUUCACCUGUUCUGGAUCAUCAGUGCGGAUGUCCUGUAUUCAAUGAUGGUUCCCCAGGUGAUAUGCAUCUUCUACUUGUCUCACCUGGUUAACAAAUACGGGGCCUGUACUGGCUGCGUGUUGUCUCUACUGCUCAGAGGUUUGGUCGGGGAACCCCUGAUAGGCCUUCCUGACAUGCUGCCCCUGCCGUGGGACAAGAUCCAGGAGGACGGGCACCGAUACCGCUUGUUCCCUUUUCGUACAGUCAUCAUGCUCGCCACCACUGGGACCAUUUUACUCGUGUCGCGCUUUGCUGUGUGGCUGUCUGAGCGAGGGCUGCUGAGAGGAAUAAGUGAUGCUGAAACAGACAAAGAUGUACAUCAGAUGGCACCGGUCCGAACGGAUGUGGAGGAAAAGGACAGACUGAAUAAAGAGCCGUCUCACCUCAGUGAGGAAGUAGGAAGAUGUUAAGAGCAUGAAGACUUUAUACAGCGUACGGGUGGUGGUAAAACUGUCAAAUGGAACCUAAAAGUGUUUUAUAUUCCUUAAAUUACAAAAUGUAUUCAUAUUAUUAUUGUGUUAUAUAAACCUAAAAAAAGAGAAAAAAAUUAAACAAAACUGACUUCAUAAUAAUGAUA